CACGAGUUUGCAACAACAGAGCUUUGCCGCCAUGAUGCAGCACGCCGGUAUUUUUGGUAGUAUUUGUAUUUGAGUUAUACUUUCGAUUCGUCUACUCUACAGUUCUCUUUUCAAUAUCGUUCUCAUCUAGGAUCAGUCCCUGGUAGUUGCUUGUUCUGGUGUGCUUUCUAUAUUCAUCAAUGGAUUGUGCGCCGGCUAGAGCUGCUAGUUCUUCGUCUCUAAUGAAUAACGGGCAAGUAGUUGUACUAGGCCGAGGGUAGUACUAUGUAUACUAUAAAAAUGUGCAGGCACUAAAAAUAAACUUGCGGGAAGGUAUAAAAAUUGCAAAACAGCAUUUACUUUUAUCGGCAUCAUCGGCAAAACAGGUUACGGCGCAUCUUCCGCGACCGGCGCGGGGGCCAAUUCUAGCACGGGGGCUACACUCACGUCUGUUAUCCACUAUAGAUCGAGGAAGUUUCUUGAUGAUUGUACCGUCAUACACGACAACGUGCGUUAAGUUGUGUACGUAGUAAUGACAAACCUGCAUGUUGAAAUGGGUGUAUGAUUUGUUUUCGUAGCCUGUACUAGCCAGGAGAUUAAGCCCCCACCGAGGAUCUUCAUUCUGAUUGAAAUUUCCAUAUGACCAGCACAACAUCUGGUACGUCUUUGUUUUCUUGUGCGGUACACGAAUCGAAGAGCUUUUGCAUUAAACUCUGCAUAACGUCACCAAGCGCAAGCGUAAGCAGCAGGAUAAUCCAAACCGGCGGUACAACAAAACCUUCUGGCAACCACCUGGUUCGCCACGCGCACAGCAAAACGCCCCGCGGUCGCGUUGGCAUGAUUUCCUCCCCCGCUUCUCCGAGCCGGCCGCUCGGCGCACAGCGCAAAUCCAACUCCUGCCCGGACAUUGCGGCCAUGGGUGGGGCAGCAAGCUCGGAGCAAGAGGACAUGCGGCAAUUGGGUGGCAACAGCACCUAUCAGAUGUAAAUAUGUCUGGGUCUGGAAGAUUGCAAGAUUUGCCAUGUUAAUCUGGUAUGACUCUGCACUCUGUAUUGCGUGGCCACGAAUAGCCUCUCUCGCCUGGUGCCAUGCAAAAACGCAGUUUCUCAUGCGGAAUGCGCAGCACAGAGGCACGAAAAAACUUGUCAUGCUUGGCUCCGCAUUACAGUUCACCUCUUGUGUACUGACUUGCAUCACAAGUUUCCAGACCCAGACAUAUUUGCAAUGCAUAGCACCAGCGGCCACGCGAGCCAAAUGUCUACCGAUGGCAUGAGCAAUGUGGCGGUCGGGUGUCGCUCG